UUUUCUCUAUUGCGUUUCUACCCACUUCCUGUAUGUAUAGUAGUACACUAUAAUCAUCCACACAUAAACCCUAAUUUACUUUCCCAACCCAAUUCCAGAACAGAAGAUAAAGAUAAUAGGUUACUCAAAUACCUUGUUCGUUAGGGCUUUGAUCGCGCGCCUAUGGAAGCAGGUUUCUCGCAUCGAAGCCAAAGGAUUCGAGUCGGAGCGAGGCACAAUCUCUCAAUGAAGUAUUGCCCUUCCAUUUAGGUACCACCUUCGCCGGAUUAUUGCGACAAACCUUUACCUCUUCCAUAUGUGUGGUACUUUUGGACAUGUGAAACAAUUGUUUGGGAAGUGAACUGGAUCUGAAAUCUGAAUGUUGCUGCAGUAGUUAUGGAUUCUUCUGCUGUUGUGGGUAGCACAAUUUUGGAGCCUCAUAAUGAUAUGGAAUUUGAAUCUCAUGAAGCUGCAUAUUCUUUUUACAAAGACUAUGCUAAGUCUGCAGGGUUUGGGACUGCUAAGUUGAGCAGUCGGCGGUCUAGGGCAUCAAAAGAAUUUAUUGAUGCGAAAUUUUCAUGUAUAAGAUAUGGUAAUAAGCAGCAAUCUGAUGAUGCAAUUAAUCCACGCCCUUCUCCAAAAAUUGGUUGUAAAGCAAGCAUGCAUGUGAAGAGAAGGCAGGAUGGUAAAUGGUAUGUCUAUAGCUUUGUGAAGGAGCAUAAUCAUGAGCUGUUACCUGCUCAAGCUCAUUUUUUUAGGAGUCACAGGAGUUCUGAUCCACUAAGUAAUGAUGUUCGUAUGCGAAGGCGGAAAAACUCAAAUGCAGUUUCUAAAUUAUUUACCGCAUAUCAGAAUGUUGAUUGCUUAGAGAUCUUUGUGAAACAUCAACAAGAUAAAGGACGAAGUUUGGUUUUAGAAGCAGGGCAUGCCCAAUUGCUUCUUGAACUCUUCAUGCACAUGCAGGAAGAGAAUCCAAAAUUCUUCUAUGCCGUUGAUUUGAAUGAAGAGCAUCGACUGAGAAAUGUGUUCUGGGUUGAUGCUAAAGGCUUGGAAGAUUUUGCUUACUUUUCUGAUGUUAUUUCUUUUGACACAACAUAUUUUUCUAGCAAAUAUAAAAUACCAUUGGUACUUUUCAUUGGAGUAAACCAUCAUAUUCAACCGACAUUGCUUGGUUGUGCAUUGAUUGCUGACGAGACAAUAUAUACAUUUGCCUGGUUACUGCAAACAUGGUUAAUAGCAAUGGGAGAACGAGCUCCACAAGUGAUUCUCACUGACCAAAAUGAGGCUAUUAAAGCAGCUGUUGCUACUUUUCUUCCAGGAACACGUCAUUGUUUUUGUUUGUGGCAAAUUUUGGAAAAGAUACCAAAACAACUAGAAUUUUUAGGUGCAUGGCAUGAUAGCUUUAUGGAAAAAUUUAACAAAUGUAUAUAUAAAUCAUGGACAGAUGAGCAAUUUGAAAAGAGAUGGUGGAAGUUGGUUGAUAAGUUUGACCUUAGAGAUGUUGAGUGGGUUCGAUCCUUAUACAAUGACCGUACCUAUUGGGUGCCAACUUUUAUGAAAAAUAUUUCUUUUGCUGGCUUGUCUACUAGUUCACGCCAAGAAAGUUUAAAUUAUAUGUUUGACAGCUAUAUCCAAGUUGAUACUUCUUUGAGAGAAUUUAUAGAACGGUAUAAAGUGAUUCUUGAAGACAGCCAUGAAGAGGAAGCCAAAGCAAAUUUUGAUGCUUGGCAUGAAACACCUGAAUUGAAGUCUCCUUCCCCUUUUGAAAAACAACUGUUGUCAGUCUACACACAUGAAAUUUUUAGAAAGUUCCAGGUUGAGGUUUUGGGUGCAGCUGCUUGCCAUCUCAAGAAAGAAAAUGAUGGUGUGACAACUACUUAUACUGUGAAAGACUUUGAAAAUAAUCAAAACUAUACAGUAGAAUGGAACACAACAAGCUCAGAUAUAUGUUGUUCAUGUCACUUGUUUGAAUAUAAAGGUUAUCUCUGUAGACAUGCUAUUGUUGUUCUACAAAUGUCUGGUGUUUUCAGUAUUCCACCAAAGUAUAUAUUGCAAAGAUGGACAAAUGCUGCUUUGAGCAGGCAUCCUAUUGGUGAAAAAUUGGAAGAGGUUCAAACAAAGGUGCGGCGAUUUAAUGAUUUAUGUAGACGGGCCAUAAUAUUAGGUGAAGAAGGUUCUUUGUCACAAGAAAGUUACUAUAUUGCUUUAGGUGCCAUUAGUGAAGCGCUAAAGCAAUGUGCAAAUUUGAACAACUCUGUUGAGAAUGGUAUGAGACCUGAUGCCUCAGGUACCAAUGUUGUAGAAGAAUAUCAAUCUAUUAUUGCGUCUAACAAUAAGGCACCUGAUCCAAAAAUGAAUACGGGAAAGAAAGCUGUGAGGAGUGGUGUAGCUGGUAGGAGUCUAGGAAGUGUUGAAAACAGUGAAGGAAAUAAGGGAAAGGUAUCUCAGGUCGAAGCAGUGAGCGGCAAAGAUGAUUUUCAAGAAAUGGAGGCAACUGAUCUGAGAUCACACAACGUCAUGCCAAUGCAGUUUCACAGUGUGGUACCCACUCUAUUCCAUAAUGUUUCGUCAUCAUUUCAUACUGCACCUUCAACACAUUUGCACGAGAAUCGUCUUCCUCGUUAGCUCGAUAAAAAUUUACUUUCAAAACGAUGUGGAGACCAUGUAUAGAGCUGUACAUAAGAAAUGUGACUUCUAGAAGGCACUGUGCCUUUCAUUUAAUGGUAUUUGUGUAGCAGAGAGGCCAGGUGGCAAUCAAAUUUGAGAGUUGUGCUAACUUGACUAUCAUUAUAUUCCAAAAACAGGUUCAUCUUCAAUGAUCGAUGUAAGUAUCUCUUA